ACAUAAACUCGAAAACGAAAGUCAAUAAGAUAUGUCCUUUUAUAAGCAAGCUGAAGAACAAGGCUUCUCUAGCUCUAGAUCUGCACUAUAACUAGAUCUAGAUCUCUAGAUUUUAAACGUCAGAUAGUCCUUUAAAUCCAGACAACAUUCUAACAUGUUAAAGCUUAUGCAGCGGUUCCCAUUCACUUGCGUUGUGAGGCACCAUGAUCUGUUAGCAAAAAAUAUUUCAACAGGCUCAAAGCUACAGAAGAGAUAUGAUCCUGUCUUGGAUAAAGUCCGUCAAGUUGUUUCAGAGAAAGAUGUGGCAAGCAAGGAAGAUGGUGCACCAUUUGAGUCUGGAUUAUCAUUGGGGACUACUUCAUUUCCAACAUCUGAGACACCUAAUCAGAUAUUCAAUGGCAUCAGAUUCUCAGAUAUUCCCAUAGUUCAUGUAAAAGCUACAUAUAACAAUACAAUACUAUCAGCAACAGAAGCCAAUGGAAGGGUUGUAUCUCUAGAAUCAGCUGGCACUGUAGGAUUUAGGAAUGCUAAAAAAGGAACCAAUGUUGCUGCUCAAGCUGCUGCUAUAGCAUUAGCAGGGAAUGUUUUGAAGAAAGACAUCACAACUGUGCGAGUUUGUUUAAGAGGAAUAGGCCCAGGAAGACUGCCUGCUUUGAAAGCUCUCCAACUCUCUGGUUUAAAUGUGGUUUCCAUCACAGAUACCACCAGACUGCCUCACAAUGGAAACAGACCUAAAAAAGCAAGAAGGCUAUAGUGCUGAUGCUAGAUGAUUUCAAAAUGUAUGCAGAAAUGUGCAUGACUGUGAGAGAAAAAGUUGUUUUUUUUAUACAACAAGGAUUGUUUGUGUCAUUUGAUGAAUUUAUAUAGCCAAAUGUUUUGUAUAUUAAAACAAACACACACACUCAA